GCAAUAUGGACUUCCAUCUAAACGCCAUCCUGCUGGCCACAGUGGCCAUCGGUUCCUGCAUUGCGAAUCCCAGUAUCAUUACUGGUCCCUUCAGAAUGCUGGAGAUAAUGAGUGCCACCAGCGAAAUGCAGCAGAACAACCCACAAAGGAGCGCCGCUUGUUUCAACUACUACGACGGCGUUUUCAAAUCCGACUGGGCUGCCUACGAGAAUGGAUACAAUCAGUGCGUGAAUAACUACGAGGACAGCCAUAAAAGGGUUCUGGAGCGGUACGAUCCUAUUGUCUGGGAUCUCGGCAAUACUGUGAAGAGCUCCUGCGGUCAUCUGCUCGAAUGUCAUAACAAGGGCGAUAGCCAGAAGUCUCUGUCUUGCUACGCGACUGAGGCACCAAAACAUUCCAAGAACGUAACAGCUGUUGGCUCAAAUGCUUCUAUUUUCCACGGAUCCCUGGGUCAGGAGAUUGACCAACUCGUUUAUACCCGUGAACUCUGCAGCAAUACCUCGGCUCGUGAAUACGAGAUCCGCUCCGGCGAAUCCUACGAGGCGUUCCAGAGCUGCAUGGCGGGACUAUCUCCAGUGCCUGAAGACCACCCCACCACAACCUACAUACCAAACUAA